CUCUCACUUCCAGCAGUGUGUGUCUGUAGGUGAGCAUGUGACGCGCUGCGGGCUGACUCAGCGGGGGGCAGGGCUCAAACCGACUCCGUCACGCCGCGUCAGUCUAGAGUCGCACAAUUAUGAAAAAUCCACCUUCCGCUGGAGCUGCAGCUGACGCACACGACUCCCUCCGCCGCCACCGGGCUCUCCUUCCGAGGCUUACCGAGCAGCACGGCGCCGAUAGAUGGCUAGACGCCCCGGAUCAGCGCGUCGUGAGUCUGAACGGUGAAGAGAAUGUCCCAGAAGUCCUGGAUCGAACACACUUUCACCAGGAGGGAAUGUGUCUAUAUUCUGCCCGUGUCGAAGGACCCGCACAGAUGCCUCCCAGGAUGCCAAAUCUGCCAGCAGCUUGUGCGAUGCUGCUGCGGGCGUCUGGUUCGGCAGCACGUGGGCUUCACCGCCACACUGGCAGUGAAAUACUCAGACGUGCGUCUCACCGAGGGAGAGCUGUCCGAUCUGGAGCAGUGGUCAGUGGAGAAGCACACGGAGGAGAGUCCCACUGACGCUUAUGGAGUCAUCAACUUCCAGGGAGGAUCCCAUUCAUACAGAGCCAAGGUCUGUACACACACACACUCACACACACACACAACACAUUUGAGGAGAAACACUUUUUCAAAGUCUAAACUUUACAUCUCGUGUGUGUGUGUGUGUGUGUGUGUGUGUGUGUUCACAGGCACGAACGCGUCGGCCUUCGAUCAGCUGGUCCUGACGCUGGCGUGGGAUCGGGUGGACAUCGCUAAAGAUCACGUGUUUGUUUACGGACAACAGCUGCUGGUGGGUUCCCUCGAGCAGGCGAUGUUGGAUGCAUUGGUGAUGGACCGCGUGGAGUUCGUUAAGCUCCUGAUCGAGAAUGGCGUCAGCAUGCACCGCUUCCUCACAAUCACACGUCUGGAGGAGCUGUACAACACGAAACAAACUCCAACCAAUCCGACGCUCUAUCACCUGGUGAGGGACGUCAAACAGGGUAACCUCCCGCCCAACUAUAAGAUCACGCUGAUCGACGUGGGGCUGGUGAUCGAGUAUCUGAUGGGAGGAACGUACAGGUGCAACUACACACGCAAACGCUUCCGCAUCAUCUACAACAACCUGCACGGGAACAGCCGGCGGUCAGGUCGACACACAGCUGGCAGCUCCCAUGAGUCCUUCAGCAUUCAAGCAGAUAAAAAAGAGAAAACGCGACACAAUCACUUCAUCAACACGGCGCAGCCCUACAAACCCAGGCUGGACUCUGUCUCCGAGCAGCAGAAGAAGAAGAGUAAGGAGGAGGUGGUGGACAUCGACGAUCCGGAGACGCGCAGGUUCCCGUACCCCUUCAACGAGCUGCUGGUGUGGGCCGUGCUGAUGAAGCGGCAGAAGAUGUCUCUGUUCUUCUGGCAGCACGGCGAGGAGUCCAUGGCCAAAGCUCUGGUGGCCUGCAAACUGCUGCGCUCCAUGGGAUACGAGGCCAAGAAGAGCGACGUGGUGGACGACACCUCCGAGGAGCUGAAGGAGUAUUCCAAUGAGUUCGGCACGCUGGCGGUGGAUCUGCUGGAGCAGUCGUUCAGGCAGGACGAGACGAUGGCCAUGAAGCUGCUGAUGUACGAGCUGAAGAACUGGAGCAACUCCACCUGUCUGAAGCUGGCCGUGUCGUCGCGCCUCCGGCUGUUCGUGGCUCACACCUGCACACAGAUGCUGCUCUCCGACAUGUGGAUGGGCCGCCUGAACAUGCGCAAGAACUCCUGGUACAAGGUGAUCCUGAGCAUCCUGGUUCCUCCUGCCAUCCUCCUGCUGGAGUACAAGACCAAAGCGGAGAUGUCCCACAUUCCCCAGUCGCAGGACGCUCAUCAGAGCAUGGAGGACAGCGAGCACUACCUGCAGAACCCUGACGACAUCCAGAUGGAUGUGUUUAAGGAAGUCCGUAUGAAUGAGAAUGCGGAUGUGAAGAAUGAGACGGAGGUGCAUGUGCGUUCCCGCCGGUUACCCAUCACACGCAAGUUCUAUGCCUUCUACCACGCGCCGAUCGUCAAGUUCUGGUUCAACACGCUCUUUUACAUCGGCUUCCUGAUGCUGUAUUCAUACGUGGUGCUGGUGCGAAUGGAGCCGUUUCCGUCUCCUCAGGAAUGGGUCGUCAUUCUUUGCAUCUUCACGCUAGCGGUGGAGAAGAUUCGAGAGGUUCGUCUGUGCGUGCCGUUUCUCCGCAGUAACGUCUACAUGCAGGUGAUGUCCAUAUCCAACCUGGUGUGGAAAUACCAUCGCUAUCACUUCAUCAUGGCGUACCACGACAAGCCGGUGCUUCCGCCGCCGCUGAUUCUGCUCAGCCACGCCGCGUCUGUGCUGUCUUCCAUCUGCAGGAAGAGGAAGAAGGACAGCAGCGCCUACGGACCAAAGCUCUUCCUGACCGAGGAGGACCAGAAGAAGCUGCACGACUUCGAGGAGCAGUGCGUGGAGACGUACUUCCACGAGAAAGAUGAUCAGUUUCACUCUGGGAGUGAGGAGAGAAUCAGACUCACGUCCGACAGGGUGGAAACGAUGUGUGUGCAGCUGAAGGAGGUCGGAAACAAGGUGAACUUCAUCAAGCGCUCUCUGCACACGCUGGAUUCUCAAAUCGGACACCUGCAGGAUCUCUCGGCGCUCACGGUGGACACGCUAAAGGCGCUGACGGCGCAGCGAGCGUCCGAGGCUAGCAAAGUGCACAACCAGAUCUCGCGUGAGCUCAGCAUCUCCAAGAACCUGGGGCCCGACGUGACGGGGCACUCGAGUGCUCUGGUGCGGUGCAGCGUGGGAUUCCUGCCUCCCACCGCCAGCAUAGCAGAGUCUCUGUUCGGGGGCGGAGCUGAGGAGCGGCAGGGGGCGGAGCUUCCUCCGAGCCCCGAGACACGCCCUCUGUUCACGGCCGAGGCUGGAUCCUCCGGCUGCACCUUACCUCAGUCGCUCAGACACUCACCGCAGCUGCGGCGCCGCGGACGCUCCGUGCUCCAGGACACGGGUCCUAGCAGCCACGCCACGUUCUUCGUCAGCACACCGUCGCAGCUCACCGUCUCGCAGACGCACACGGAGCCGGCGCAUGUUGCAGUGGAGUUCGGGGCCUUCGUGGGUGAGUAUGAGGAGGAUGUUUAUGGGACGAGUGAUGGAGGCCCCCCAGGGGCGGUCGUGUGUGAGGGAUACGUCAAUCACGCCUUCACUGAUGAUGAAGACGAUAGACCCGCCCCCGACCCGCCCGACAGAAACAUGCCCCUCCCGGGCCUCCCUCUGGCCCCUGAGCACCAGCCCCGGGGCCCCCGGCGCAUCCGGAGAGACGGUCGCUUCAGACGUGCGCUGAACAGACUCUCACAGAGAAGCGGAGGUUUGGCUGGGAAUCAGGGAACCCCACCCCAUGCCCCUGUGUGUGUUAGAGCGGGUGAGACGGGUCACAAGGAUGAUCCUGAGGGUCAGAGGUCGUUUCCUAAAGAGGGUGCUGUCAGCAGCCGCCAGUCGAGUCCCUCCAGAAAGACUCGGGAUGUGGCGGCUGUGGCGCAGGGUCACAUGCGGACGGUGAACUCGUACGCCGGUUUCACAGAGUUCGACAGAAACCCUUCGUUCCUGCAUCCAGAGUCCACACUCGGUAAGCAGGAGAGGACGCGCGUGUCAUUGGAGGAUGUCUCGUGUCAUGAGGAUCUGCUGCUGGGGAAAUCAGCUCAGUCCAGCAAACUGAGUCCAGGAGACGAUAACUCAAACACUGCAGCGGGGCUGUACGGUGCUCGACACACACACCUGGCUGCACGCAAGGACUCGAUCGUUUCUCCGUUCAAGCCCAUGGAGAGUUAUCAGUAUUCAGCGGUGGAGCGUAAUAACCUGAUGCGGUUGUCUCAGAGUAUUCCAUUCACCCCAGUGCCCCCUAGAGGUGAGCCGGUGACCGUGUACCGUCUGGAGGAGAGCUCUCCCAACAGCAUCAACAACAGCAUGUCGUCGUGGGCUCAGCGCGGUCUCUGUGCUAAGAUCGAGUUCCUCAGUAAAGAGGAGAUGGGUGGAGGCCUGCGGCGGGCGCUGAAGGUGCUCUGCACCUGGUCCGAGUACGACAUGCUGAAGCCUGGACACCUGUACAUCGUCAAGUCCUUCCUACCUGAGGUGGUCAACACCUGGCAGAGCAUUUACAGAGAGGACACAGUCCUGCACCUCUGUCUCAGGGAAAUACAGCAGCAGAGAGCAGCUCAGAAACUCACGUUUGCCUUCAAUCAGAUCAGACCCAAAACCAUCCCAUACUCACCCAGGUACUGACACACACACACACACGCACACACACUCUCACACAC